CCCGCCGCCUCGCUACCGCCGCGGCUCGGGCUGGAGGCGCCGCUGUCAUUCCUGCGCCGAAGGAGCCGGCGCUGCCGGUGCCUGGGGGUCGGGGCGCGGGGGAGCCGGGCCGCGGGGGACCCAACAGGUAGAGCCAGGGGUGCCCGGCCGCGCGCCCCCCGCGCGUCAUGCAGCUCUUUGUCACCUCUCUCACCCCCAGGCCAAAAUCCUGAGCAUGAUGGAAGACAAUAAGCAGCUCGCGCUCCGCAUCGAUGGGGCGGUCCAGUCGGCCAGCCAGGAGGUGACCAACCUGCGAGCCGAACUCACGGCCACCAACCGGAGACUGGCGGAACUGAGCGGCGGCGGCGGCCCCGGCCCGGGCCCGGGAGCGGCGGCCAGCGCCGCGGCGGCGGACGCGGCGGCGGCGGCGAACAUGGAGAUCCAGCAGGUCGGCGCGCAAGUGCUCCUGCGGGAAGAGGUCUCCCGGCUCCAGGAGGAGGUGCACCUGCUCCGGCAGAUGAAGGAGAUGCUGACGAAGGACCUGGAGGAGUCGCAGGGUGGCAAGUCCUCCGAGAUCCUCUCGGCCACCGAGCUCAGGGUCCAGCUGGCCCAGAAGGAGCAGGAGCUAGCCAGAGCCAAAGAAGCUUUGCAGGCCAUGAAAGCCGACCGAAAGCGCCUGAAGGGAGAGAAGACGGACCUGGUGAGCCAGAUGCAGCAGCUGUAUGCCACGCUGGAGAGCCGCGAGGAGCAGCUCCGGGACUUCAUCCGCAACUACGAGCAGCACCGCAAGGCCAAGCAGUCCUUAGCAACGCUGACCAAGGAUGUGCCCAAGCGACAUUCACUCGCCAUGCCGGGCGAGACGGUGCUCAACGGCAAUCAGGAGUGGGUGGUGCAGGCAGAUCUUCCGCUGACCGCAGCCAUCCGGCAGAGCCAACAGACCCUCUACCACUCACACCCCCCGCACCCUGCAGACCGGCAAGCGGUCAGGGUGAGCCCCUGCCACUCCCGGCAGCCCUCCGUUAUCUCCGACGCGUCUGCCGCGGAAGGCGACCGGUCGUCCACGCCCAGCGACAUCAACUCCCCUCGACACCGGACACACUCCCUCUGCAACGGCGACAGUCCCGGCCCAGUUCAGAAGAACCUGCACAACCCCAUUGUACAGUCACUAGAGGAUCUUGAAGACCAAAAACGGAAAAAGAAGAAAGAAAAGAUGGGAUUUGGCUCCAUCUCCCGCGUCUUCGCCAGAGGGAAGCAGCGGAAGUCCCUCGACCCCGGCCUCUUUGAUGACUCCGACAGCCAGUGCAGCCCGACACGGCAGAGCCUCAGCCUGUCUGAGGGCGAGGAGCAGAUGGACCGGCUGCAGCAGGUGGAGCUGGUCAGGACCACCCCCAUGUCCCACUGGAAGGCCGGCACCGUCCAGGCCUGGCUGGAGGUGGUCAUGGCCAUGCCCAUGUACGUGAAGGCCUGCGCAGAGAAUGUGAAGAGUGGGAAGGUGCUGCUGAGUCUGAGCGACGAGGACCUGGAGCUGGGCCUGGGCGUGUGCAGCUCUCUGCACCGACGCAAGCUGCGGCUGGCCAUCGAGGACUACCGCGACGCAGAGGCAGGCAGGAGCCUGUCCAAAGCCGCCGACCUGGACCACCACUGGGUGGCCAAGGCCUGGCUGAACGACAUCGGCCUGUCCCAGUACUCCCAGGCCUUCCAGAACCACCUGGUGGACGGGCGGAUGUUGAACUCUCUGAUGAAGCGGGACCUGGAGAAGCACCUGAACAUAUCCAAGAAGUUCCACCAGGUCAGCAUCCUGCUGGGGAUCGAGCUGCUGUACCAAGUGAACUUCAGCAGGGAGGCCCUUCAGGAGCGCCGGGCCCGUUGUGAGACACAGAACAUAGACCCGGUGGUCUGGACCAACCAGCGGGUGCUCAAGUGGGUGCGGGACAUCGACCUGAAGGAGUACGCAGACAACCUCACCAACAGCGGCGUCCACGGGGCGGUGCUGAUGCUGGAGCCCACGUUCAAUGCCGAGGCCAUGGCCACCGCCCUGGGCAUCCCCAGCGGGAAGCACAUCCUUCGCAGACACCUGGCGGAGGAGAUGAGCGCCAUCUUCCACCCAGCCAACUCCGCCGGCAUCCGCGAGGCCGAGCGUUUCGGGACGCCCCCGGGAAGGGCCUCCAGCGUCACCCGGGCGGGGAAAGAGGACAGCGGCAUCAAGUACAAGGCGGGCCGGCUGCCCCUGGGGAAGAUCGGCAGGGGCUUCAGCAGCAAAGACCCCGAUUUCCACGAUGACUACGGCUCCCUUCAGAACGAAGACUGCGGGGACGAGGACCUCCAGGGCAGGCCCGAGCAGUGCCGGCUGGAGGGCUACAGCAGCCUGGAGGUCACCAACGUGUGAGGCGCCCGCACCCCGCCAGAUCCGCUCGGAGAUCCCCAGGGAGGGGCAGGCGAUCGGCCCCACUGUACAUAGUGACCUGGAGCUGGGCGCCCCAGCUUCUGGGCAGGCCCCUCAGACUGGCCAGAUGGGCGGCCAGCCCUGCCUGCGUGGGGAAGGGCCAGUGUGUGGCCACCUCCCUAUCGCCCCGGUCCCACCUCACAGUGACUGUCAGUGUCGGGGAACCCAGGUGGUCCCCAAAGCCUUGAACUGAGCAGCCAAGGGGAAAGAGGCCCCGAGCACCCCCAAACACCGCCCAGCCGGACAGGUAGGGCUCCAGCCAGGCAAAGGGCACUGGGGAGUGACGUGCAGAGCCAGCGGGGUCCUCGCGGGGCUCCUCCCGGGGUGCCAGGGGUCCAGGCCCCGCAUCCACACCCCGGGACUGGGAGCUUGGCUUGGGCCAUUGAGUCUCUCCUGAGAGAAUGCAAAAUGGGGGGGUCAUUUCCUUCCCCCCAGUAGCUGCGGCCCCAAGGGAGUGCACGUGUUUGUUGGAGAGCUGUUUGACCCCUCCUGGAGCUGCUGCAUGGGGGAGGCGGGUGGGGUUCACGCGGGGGUGAGGCUGAGGAGCCACUUCCCAGGGGUACAGGAAGAAGGGUGUGAUGACCGCAUCGGAGUGACUGGCACGUUCUACCAGGGGGGCGGCGGUGGGUUUGGGAUGGGGUGCUGGAGACUUUGUGUGAUGGUCCCCUGAAAUGUAGGUGUGCUCUUCAUGUCCUGCUUGAGAAGAAUGUCCCAGAUCAAAGUCACUGAGAUGGCAGAGGGAGCUUCCAGCCCUCUUCCUGACUCUGCCACCAUUUUGCUGUGUGACCUUUUCCCAGUGUCCUCACCUCUCUGUGCCUCUUCAUCUAUCAUACUUGUGGCUCCCGUCCCCGACCUGUAAGAAUUAACACUUGCUAAUGUCUGUAACAUACUUGUAACCUCUCAGGAGACAGGUAGGAAGCUAGGGGUGGGAAGGGGUAGUCUCUGUCCCUUCACCACGCAGGAACGACAUUGCCCUGGUACUCAACUGCCUGGUUUUGGUCAGAGCAGUGUGCAAAAGGAGAACAAGUAAUGUUCAACGUUCGGAUCCUCAAGAGCCCCCCAACAGCAUUUGAACGCGAGGAGAGAGAUCCCACACGCACCUCGAGAACCAGCUUUGGCGCAGGUGUUCAGACCCAGGUUAGUUGACCUGGAUGCUGAGGGGUGAUGAGAGCAGGACAAAGCGCACCUGGAUCCCGCUUAGCUUCAGGUGUCAAAGCGCAUCGGGCACGGGGCCCGAUGUUAUUUCCAUUGAAAUCAUUUGCAUGAAAGGUGUGACUUUGCAAGACACAGACGUGCAUCCGCCUCCCACAACUGUCAAAGCCCGGGUUCUUCAGUCCGAAAAACUGUCCUCCUGGGAAAAGCAUAGACCCGGCACCGUGCCCUCGAGGACUCUGCUCGCUGGCUGGCGCAGGAGGCCGUGAGCUUCUCUCCACCUUAGGGGUACAGCCGUCCUUGCCACAGGACACAGAAUGCCUGGCUGCCUGGGGACACUGUCCUGAGGUGCUGAGGGGGAGAGUCUGCACUGGGCGUGGCUUUGCAGAAGGUUCUGAACUGCCCCCGGGGUUAUGAGUCAGCCACACAUGGACCCUGAAGCUACAGUCCUUGGCCCCGGAGAGAGUGACCCUGCCCCAUGACCUGCUGCCACGGAGCCAGCUUUCGGGCUGGGUGACCAGGGUCCCCAGGACCUGCCUCUGGGGGGCGGGGGGCAGAAUGGCAGGGGGGUGUCUGUUUAUUUGAAACCAGCGUUCACCCAAGCUGUCAGCCGUGAAGCUCACGUGGCUCCCUGACCCAGCUCCACUGGGGACAAGCUGGGCUAUGGACGAGGGGUCCCUGGAAGUGAGGGCAAAGCCCAAAACAUCAGCAGCAUUUGGUUGGCAGGUCUGGGGCCACAUGGGCAGCCUGGAAUGUUCCUUCCGUGCUCCCUGCGCCUGCAACCCGCCAGCUCUGACGCUGGCUUUUCAGCACGGGGACGGGUGGCUAAUGCACAAGCCUCCCUCACGCUCAGCCACGUGGGUGAGCUUUGUCUGCUUCCGGAGCAGGAGCAGGGGUGCAGAGACAGCCGGCAGGAGCUGACAGAGGCUGGCGGAGCAGGGGCCAUCUGAGUCGUGUCUUGUCCUGGUCCCGCGGUGACACCAUCUGGCUGCAGGACACCCGCUGUGCUUCUCUGGAGGGUGGCAUCGGUCGGCUGUGCCUCCAAGUCCUUGGGAAGGGGAGGUUGGGCCCCACGGCCGGGGACAGGGUGGUGUAGAGGCUGGCCAUCAGUGGGGACCUGCCCAGCGCACCCUCAGCUUUCUGGGCCCAGAGCUGCUGGAAGCCCCUUUGUCGCCAGCUGAGCAGUGUUUCCCCAGAUGUCUGUUAGCACCACAGUUAGCGCUGGGCCUGCAGGAGGCAGGGAGACACCACGUCGGCGUUGGAGAGGGGUUGGAGAGGGCCGGAGGUCUCUAUAGCACCCCGCCAGCAGGGGGCGACCCCAAAUGUUGAGGCCACCCAACAGGGCUGGGUCCAGCAGAGUGGGACGGUAUGGCCGGGUGUGGCUGCAGGGUCCCCUAACCCCGUUGCUCCAAGCCCAGGGCUCCCACCAGAACCCCAUGUCCUGGCCACCAUCGCAUCCACUCUGCUCUUGGGGCCCGGCAGGCUCAGGGCAGGUGAGUGGCGGGGCCGAGGAACCGAUGUCAGAGCACCGUCGAUGCUCACCUUCUAGAAUUUCCGGAGCCCCAGCACAGAGGGCCUUGGCUGCCCCGGGGGCCAGUUGGGCGUGAGCCGAGAUGAUGUCCCUGGCCUUAGUUGCUGGUCGGAGCCUGGACUGUCUCCCCAGAAGUGAUUUUAACACUGUAACAAACAAUAAACACUACUGCGCAGUG